GGGUUGGGUCAUGGUAGUAAAUAAUUCACGGUGGACCAUGCAUUAUUCCAGGCAUAAGCCAGCGAUUUCAGCAAUAUCUUUUACAUGGAGUGGGUAAUCCAUGCAAAUGCAGUGUGCAUGCAUCAGGAUGCCGAGUUAAAUGAAGAAACAAAUCAGAAUCCCACUUGUCAUUGUCAUCUGUUCAUCUCCGACCGUACUAUGCAAUCGACGGGAUCUUACCCAUUUGCUUGCUACUGAUACGAGAAAUACUACCAGAACUCCCUUUCUUUGGGCUACCCCUUGCCGUGUCAACACUUGGCUCAUAUAUUUCAGGUGGACUAGGAUAUUUAGUCGGGCGAUUAGGAUUAUCGCCCAUAUGUGAUGGAUCGACUUGAGAUCGCAUGACAGUUUCAGCGAU